AUGGACACUUUCUUGGACGAUACACAUAAGAAAAGCGUUAGUGAUUGGAUAAGGAGAUGCAAUAAGGAGAAGAAACUUAGCAAAGCAGAGCAAGCAUCUCUUAACCAAGAUCAAGAAUUUGAUACUGAGUGUUCUACUUCUGAAAAGAUACUGGAGGUAUCAAAUCCCGUGACUAAAAUUUUAGCCGGGGCCCCGGCCAAAAUAGCUAUAAGAAGAAAGAGUGACAAAGCCACUUCUUGCGAUGUGAUUUCAAUUGAGAGUCUCAACCAAAAUUCAUCUACAGAUUCAUUGAUUUCUCUAGCACAAUUAUUCGAUAAAGCAGAUGAUGCUGAAUAUGGUGCAAUUCGUGCUAAUCAGGAAGAGGUUUUGCGCUGGUAUUAUUAUAGAAAAGAAUUUUUAACCCAGCAUAAUGAUAACGAUAACACUAAUGUGGAAGAAGUAAGUGAAUUAAUCACACCUAUUCCUAUUACACAUGGCUCUAAUUCUUUAGGUAAUUCAUCAUUCACACCUCAAAUCGCUCCAGCUGAGUCAGAGAAAGGGACUAAUGAAGUUCAGAUAGUCGAUGAUA